AUGAUCGAUUUGGGUCAUUUUCAGGCAUCCCUUAUCUUCUUCGCGCAGGCCUUGUGGAGGCAAAACAGACCUCCCCCUAUCAGAAUUCCUCCACCUGGAAAUUAUGGUCAUGAUCGCCCUCCGGGCAAUCCAUGGCAAGUAGAUCGCAAUCCAUUUGUUGGACCGCCGUAUCACUUCCCUCGACCACCUCCUACGACAAGACGUUGGUGGGGACGUGGUCGUUGA